AUGUCGUCCAGUUACUCUGCAAGCCAGUUUGACAGCGCCUACAAGCCGCAGCGGCUGCAGAACUGGUGUGAGACCAAGCCCUUCAAACAGAGACCCACUGCACAGGAGGGUCAUACCGCCUUCAUUGCUGAUGAUAGAGGACAUCUGCUCCAAGGAGUGGUUAAGAGGGGCAGUGCAUGGCCAGAUUUUAAGGGGACGUGGGAUCUACCUGUUCGUAUCCCAGCUCACCGCAUAAACCCCACAGGCCGCUCUGUGGUGGGUCUCAACAGGCUGAAGUCGUGGGGGUUUGACACAUCUAUCAAUGGCCAGUUUCAGCCACACAGAGGCAGCAGAAACACAGAUGAGCUGCAGGAUGCUGCCAAGCAGACCAAUGGGGACGAACAGCAGGACGGCGCCGCCCCGUCCUCCGCGCCCACAUCUGCGGCUCAAGCCCGCCCGGCAUCUCAGACCCGGCCCAUUACCGGAGGCGAGAGAUCUGCCAGCCAGAACCGAGACUCGAUGGCAGCGGCGUUUGGAUCCGACGCUCGGUCUGCCGAGGAUAAACGAGCCAUUCGGGAUUCAGAAGUGGAAGCAGCUUUGAGGCCUGCUACUGGAGAGGGGACAAGCAGCAGGCCCAAUACUGGCAAAGGGAAACUAGUGAGCAAUGUUUCAUCAGUGAGCCAAGGAGGACCAUCAUCCUCAAAGCAGAGACAGAGAGAUGAACAGCUAGAACAGUGACAUUUAAUUCUCUUAGUGGAUGAGAGAAUACCUUAAAAAAUAAAUCCGCCUUAACUGUUAAGCUU